GUCAUGGCUUUCAAAGCUUUCAUUUUGCUGGGCCUUCUGUUUGGCUCUGUUGUUCUCAUCUCUUCCACUGUCGCAGAUGAGACAUCCAAAGAUGAGAAGAAAGUGGAUGAGGCGCAGGAAGCGAACCCUGUAGAGCACGCAAGACAAUAUUGCGGGUGUUGCAUUCGUUUUGGCAUAUAUAGAUGCGGCAUACGAUGUUGUCGGCGACCUGAACCUGAGGAUCAGCCUCAAGAAGUAGGCGACAGCCUUGAAACGAACCAGCCUGACGGAUAUGGAUAUGGAGGGGGUGGCUACAAAGGAGGCCGUGGUGGGGGCUAUGGAGGAGGAGGCCGUGGAAGCGGCGGCUAUGGAGGAGGAGGCCGCGGUGGAUAUGGUGGUGGUGGAGGUGGCGGAGGAAACUGA